AUGGCGUUCACGCUGGUGGGAGCCUUCAAGGGCCUGUCCCUCGCGUCCUCCUCCUCCUUCCUCCGCGGCGACCGCGCCGCGCUCCCCGGCGGCACCACCGGGGGCGUGGGCGUGGCGACGCUGCCGGCGCGCGGGCUGACCAUCCAGAUGGCGCACAAGAAGGGGGCCGGAAGCACCAAGAACGGCAGGGACUCCAAGGGCCAGCGCCUCGGGGUCAAGAUUUACGGCGACCAGCUCGCCAAGCCCGGCGCCAUCAUCAUCCGCCAGCGCGGCACCAAGGUUUAUCCUGGAAAUAAUGUUGGAAUGGGCAAGGAUCACACCCUCUUUUCCUUGAUUGAUGGACUUGUCAAGUUUGAGAAAUAUGGACCGGACAGGAAAAAGGUAAGCGUCUACCCAUAUGAGAAACAGCCUGAGAACCCAAACAGUUACAGAGCAAGGAAGAGAGAGAACUUCCGCUUGCAGCGCGAACGCUUGAAGGCCAGAGCAGAGGGAACUUAUGAACCAGAAUUGGUAUUGGCAGCUGCAGAUGCAAGUGUUGAGGUCAAUGCAGACUGCUGA